AUGUCCACAUCAACACAAACUAGCACGAAUGUGCCAUUACCCCAGUUCUACGCCUCUGUUCUGCGCGUGCUCACGCCGAUCUUCGACGGCGACGUCUCCGUCGGCGACGAGGCCGUGCAGGCGCAGCUGGCCAAGGCGAUCGACGACCUGUACCUGAUCUCGCGAAUGAUCACGUCUCUGGGCCUGUUUUCGCCGAACGAGUCCGCCGAUGAGCUCUCGGACCGCGACCUGCUCUUCAUGACGGUUCCCUGGGUGCUCGGCGAGGCGGAGCAGCGGGGCGGCAUCGGCGGCCCCGUGCCCCGGACAGAGGCGCUGAAGCGGAGCGAGACGGCUUACGGAGCGUUCAAGCAGCUGCUGAACAGCUACGGCAUUGAAACAUCCGAGGAGGGAGCAGGUGCAGUCCCCGCCGAUCCGGGACGGAGACGUGAGGCCAAGAUUGCGGCGUACAAGCGCGAGAAGGAGUCGAGGGAGAAGAUUACUGUGAGUCUCAGCUGCGUAUACCCCCCAGUCUGGAAGCUGACACAUCAGUCCGUCCUGCCUUCGCACCCGCCAUCGUCCUCGAACCCGACGGUCUUCAUCCUCGCCCUCCUGACCGAGGAGGAUUCGGGCUCCGUCAGCGUGAACGCGGAGGAGAAGGAUGUGCGCUCGGCCACGCUCGCGCUGCUCUCCCUCCUCUCGGCCCUGACGACGGGCGCACAGGCCAACACGGCGAUGGAGCUGGAGCUCCUCCGCCACGCUCCGCCAGAGCCGGAACAGGGCCCGCUGGAGGACCCGCGCGCGAAGCGACAGGAGGACGAGGACGCCGCCUGGCGUCUUGACCGGGCACCCCCCUCGGCCGCGAAGCCGAAGGACCUGAUCAGUGGUGGCGGCCGCGUCCUGCGUCCCUUCACCAUCAUGCCGUCCAUGGGCAACCUGUCCGAGCGCGAGCGACUGAACAGCGAGGUGUUCCGCGCCUCCCAUCGCCUCCCCACCAUGACGAUUGACGAGUACCUGGCCGAAGAACAGAGGCGGGGGAACAUCAUUACGGGCGGCGGACAGGCCAGCUACGACAAGCCGACCGAGAGCGAGCUCAUGGAGCUCGAGGGCGAGAUGGACAAUUACAAGGCGGAGGAGGCGCAGGAGAAGAAGAGGCAGAAGGACGAGAAGUGGGCGCAGUACACGGACGAUAACCGCAAGGGAGCUGGUAACACCAUGAACAAGGGAUAA